UUGAGCAAUACGUUAUAAUGCCUCACAAUCACGUGUGCCUCAUUACAAGUUUGUUUUGGUGUAGUCCCCUUAUAUUUAAGGCGGUUUAAGUCACUCACAUCACACACCUUAUAUUUCAACACACCUCUUGAAAGAUAACGCAAUCCUGAACUAUGCAGAGCCAAGCGGUUGCUGUUUCAACAUUACUGUUUUUCUGUGGCCUGAUUUAUACUUUAAUUUGGAUCAACAUUCAAGUAAAAUGGAUCAGUCUUCCAGGAUUUCAGGCAUUCAAUAAUCCUGAAAGGAAUUCAGAUUCAUUUUGGAAUGGUGGAGAAAAAUUCAAAGGAAAUCUUCUAACCGGGAAUGUGGUUAAUACGCCUUCACUCAAUUUGUCUCCUGAGAAAACCACGAAAGGAGCCUCGGAGCUUAAACAUCCGAUCGACAUAACACCUUUUCCCAUCAUCUACAAAGACAAAUUCACAAAGAUGCCCAGUUGGGACUUUGAGGAUGUUUAUAUGCAGAGCAGCGAAGCACGACGACCGGUCUGCUCCGUGUCUCACCAGAACUCUAAAGAUAAAGAGUUUCAGAAGGCUGCAAUGUGGAACAUCCAGCUUUGGUUUCACAACGGUCACCUCGAUAUGAACGAGUGGAACCGUCUAGCACACUUCAACAACCCCUUUGGGUUUAUGGAAUAUAACUACAUGGACAUCAAAAAGGCAGUCGAUUUGAUCCCCAAGCCGAUAUACAAUCAGCUUUUACCAGUGCCCAGUGACUCACCAGACGGAUGCAUCCGCUGCGCUGUCGUUGGCACCGGUGGCAUUCUCAACGGCUCCAGAAUGGGCAAAGAGAUAGACUCUCACAAUUACGUCUUCCGAGUGAACGGAGCAGUCACGAAAGGCUUCGAGAAUGACGUGGGGAAUAAAACCUCGGUGUACGUGCACACCUCGUUCUCCUUAAGCCAGUCUCUUUUAAACCUGGAAAGUUACGGCUUCGAAUGCAUUCCACAGGAUGAGGGUAUUAAAUAUGUGAUGAUCCCAGAGGGUCUUAGAGAUUUCGAGUGGCUCGAAGGCCUCCUGCUGAACAAAACAUUGACAUACGGAUCUUACAAAGGUUACAGACCAAAUACCUACUACAGCGACCGGCUCCAAAAGGAUUCCUUAUACGUUCUUCAUCCUGACUUUUUAAGAUACGUUCGGAACAGAUUCCUGCCAUCUGAAAGUCUGGAGCAGCCGCACUGGCAUAUGUACAGACCAACCAAUGGAGCUUUCACAUUGUUCUUGGCUCUUCAUACCUGCGAUAUUGUGGACGUUUACGGAUACAUAACUGCGGAUUACAGCAAAUACUCCAACUAUUAUUUUGAACAAACCACAAAAACCAGUGUUGUUUUUUACAUCAAUCAUGACUAUGAACUGGAGAUGAAAACCUGGAAGAAGCUGCAUGAUGCUGGGAUCAUCAACCUUUAUCAAAGACAGGAACAAUGACACCAGUCUGGCAGACAGACUUAUUGAACUUUUUUUUUUUUUUUGCAUUCACAAUGCAUGUAUUUAUAUGCAUUCAGGUGUGUUUUUAUAGUUUAUUCUCAUCUUUUCUUGUUGUAAUAUGAAUUUGGUAUUUUACUGAAUUAUUGGGUCAUGAAAGAUUUGUUCCACAAUGUGGAGCAGUUUUUCCUGCUACUUUACAUUUGUGUCAAUUAUAUGUGUUUUUUUUAUUUUUUAUUAUUUAUUUAUUUUUUUGUACUGGAUUUUGAAUCUAAUGAAAAUAUGUUUUGAACAGGAUUUUAUUCAUAUUAAAUGAUGUUACCCACAGUGACUAACCUUAACAAAAAAACACAUUUGAGGCAUUUUCAGUUAUUGUCUGAUCUGUUGUGUUGUGUAUUUUUUAUGUAGAAAUCAAGAAGUAAA